AAGUCUCGACUCCGUUUGUCUGACGAUGUUAUUUAAAACCCCGGGCUGGUAACGGGAAAUUUCUUCGUACUGGUAUGUGUACAGUUUUUGGCAGUUUUUCCGUUGAUUUAACGACGUCUACUUCCAUGGUCAUUCAUCGAGCACUGCAGGUUGUUAAAUCUGUAGCAGCCUUUGGUUUCAUGGAUUUGUCGUUAGACAGCAGUGAAUAUUGCCAGGCACAACACAACACAUUGGAUGUGAAUGCAUACUAAAUCAUUUUAUUUGAAUAUUAUGCUUGCUCGUUGAACAAGCAUUGAUCCUAAUCUAUCCUUAUUGUUGAAUCGUUUUCCUCGAUAAUUUAGUAUAAUUUGUUGGUCUUUUCAGUUUGGACAUAGAUAUCAUCUUAUCAGUAAUUCAUCCUUGUAAAAAUUAAUUUUCCUGUUAUAUUAUAAAUCGACUCAAUGAGCAACGAAACUAUAAUGCGUCAAAAAGACAUAAGACCACCACCCUGCGAGAUUGAAUAUAAGGGAAUGAGAUUUUUAAUCACUGAUAGACCUAAUGAUCAGAUAAUUCACAACUAUAUAGCUGAACUAAAGAGGCAUAACGUUAARCAUGUUGUGCGUGUUUGUGAACCCACAUACAAAGUAGAUGAAUUGAAAGCAGAAGGUAUUGUGGUGACCGACUUGGCAUACGAUGAUGGUACAUCCCCAGCAAAUGAGCUGAUAGAAGAAUGGUUUGAAUUAUUACGAAAUCAGUUCCGUACAGAUGAGGGCAGCUGUGUUGCUGUGCAUUGUGUGGCUGGUUUGGGUCGUGCGCCUGUCUUAGUUGCUCUGGCAUUGAUAGAACUUGGGCUGAAGUAUGAAGAUGCUGUUCAGUUAAUCAGAGAGAAACGAAGGGGAGCUAUAAAUUCCAAACAACUGGCAUUUCUAGAAAAGUACCGUCCGAAAUCUAAACUGAAGAUGAAGAAUGGACAUAAGUCUACUUGUUGCAUCCAAUGAACACAUCCCCCAUAUCUCGGUCAUACCAAACUUAAACUAAUAACCAAUUUUAUGCAUAGCACAAAUAUAAUAAUCACCAAAAACACUUAGAGAAACCUAUGAACACUAACAAUCAAAUAUGUAUUGAUGUUGCGAUAAAGAUCUGAUAACCUUUCAUCUAGUAUAGUGCAAAAUAAUUAGCGUGUUUAAAGUAAGAUUUAAUCAAAUUGUUAAGCAUAAAUACAUUUAAUUUGCUUUUCCCAAAAAUUUCUUUAACUUUUGCUUUACAUCCUAAAUAAUAGGGCGUUUAGUAAUACAUUAUUAAAGUAMUUUACUAUAAUGAUAAUCAAUUUUUUUUUGUGAUAAAAUUUACUGUCAAAUAAUGCAUUUCUCAWAACCAAUGUCUUCUAAAAAAUAAUAUUCAAAUCAAAUUGAUAUCGAUUUACAACUAAACUCAUUUUAUACUUUGAUACUUUUUUGUUUAUUUCCAUUAUAUACAAAAUAUAUUAUUAAAGUGCUUUCAGUCAUAUAAUAAUACAAACUUUUAACUUACAAUUAGUUCCAAAAGUUAUGUAGUAGAAAUUCUUGUCUAUAAUCAUACUUUGUAAGUGCAAUGCGUUUACUAACAUACCAAAAAACAUACCAGUUAUGAUUAUAUAAUAAAUAUUAGCUAAUUCUAUUUUGAUUAUACAGUUUUGAUUGUACAGUUGUACAAUAUAAUAACUUAUUAUAAUGAAUUAUCGACGCGUAUACAUUUCCCCCCAACUAUUAUUGUGCAUUGUAUUUUUUUUUUUUUUUUGAAUUUUAAGUAUUUUUGAGAACGUGUAGCAAUUUGUUUUCA